UGUGUUGUGGUACGACCGAAACUUCACCUGUCGAUUUGUCACAGCUGCAACAAACAAAAAAAUGUGAUCUUUGUACUCAGAACCUCAAAUCAGCCUUGGCCACGUGUAAAAAAUACCCACUGUAGCCUUUAUAAUUCGAAUUUACACGUUGGCGCUAUUUUGUGGACUCCAAACUUAGCAUUUCCCUUUGAUUCCUGUGGUAUUGGAACUGUUCAUUACAGAGGAAAGUCGGACUAAAAUAUUUCUGAGAGAAACGAGCCAUGGAUAUGAGAUUUCUGUUAAUUAGUGUUCUACUGUAUGUGAUACAGACAGGGCUCUGUGUUAAAGAGGAAUCAGCACAUGGAGGUCACAACCCAAUCCACAAAGAGCAUUACCAUGACGGGGAGCAUGACUCACACUACGAUCACGAAGCCAUUCUGGGAGACAGGCAGCUGGAGAAGGAAUUUGAUGAGUUGGAGCCUGAGGAAGCCAAGCGUAGACUGGGGAUACUAGCCAAGGAUAUGGAUAAAAACAAAGAUGGAUAUGUAUCCAAGGAGGAACUUGUGGAUUGGAUCAUGAACUCCUUCCGGAAAUUGGACAUGGAAGAUUCCUUAGAACAAUUUGAGGAAUGUGACGAAAACAAUGACAAUAAAGUAACGUGGAAAGAGUACCUAACGCGACACCACGGCUUCAACAUCAAUGAUUACAAAGACGAUUACGCCACUGAAAAGGAGGCUGUAGAGGAGUUCACAAAGGUUCUUGAUGAAGAUAAGAAGAAAUUUGAUGCGGCCGAUGUAGAUAAAGAUGGAGCCCUGACUAAGAAGGAACAUGUGGCCUUCCUUUACCCUGCCGACUUCCCUCACAUGCAUGAUAUAGAACUGGAGAGAACUCUCCAGGAACACGACAAAAAUGGGGAUGGGACCAUUACAAAAGAGGAAUUCCUGGCUGACACUGAUAAAAAUGACAAGGAGCUUUUAUUACUGGAAGAGGAGAGGUUUGGUGAUUUUGACAAAAACAAAGACGGAGUUCUUGAUAAAAAAGAGAUUACGGAUUGGGUGCUUCCUGACAAUAACGAGGCCGCAGUCGAAGAGGCGGAUCACUUAAUCGAGCGGGCAGACAAUGAUAAAGAUGGCAAACUGUCCAUCGAGGAAAUUGUCAACAACCACGAGGACUUUGUCGGAAGUCAGGCAACCAACUACGGAGAAUUUCUUCCCAAGGAUGAACUUUAAUGAUAAAAUUUGACUAAGUCUUCUUUUUAAUUAUUAUCUUGACUUUAAUUUACAUGGUUGUCAGUAUUUUUUCUAGGUGAACAGCUUUUGUAAUACAUAACGAAUUUACAAUGUUUAGAUAUGGAUACAUAUAUAUUUUCUGACUAUUCUCUGGAGUUGUAAUUUUUUUUCCCACAAGAUCAUUUUUUUUUCUCCAUACAGACAUUACUUUCCCUAGUCAUAUUGUUUUACCAAAAAAAUUAAUAAAGCAAUUAAAUAGAAUUAAGAUUUUUUAUUUUCAUAAAAUCAUUCCAUGUUGUAUGAAGUAUAUUUUUACAGAUGUUGUGUGAUUGUGACAUUCAGUAUAUAUACAUGUAUGUUAGUUAUUAUUUGUAAAUUAAUGCUUGCAAAGUGGAGAUGCACCGUGCUGAAAAUUAUGUUCUAAAAUUGAUAUGGUCUGGACCAUAACUAUUUUUAUUUGUGUAAAUGCACACAUAUACGAUGUUGACCAAUUACAUAACUAUUUGUCUAGACUACUGUUUUGCACUUUAAUUUUCUACUGCUUCAAACUUUUUUAUUAAAGCAAAUUUAAUUAUAAAUAAGAUAAAUGUAGAAUAUAAUUUUAUCUCAAAUGUCUACAAAUUAAAUUAUUUUUUGUGACAGAAAUACAAAGGAUAAUAAUAUGCUUUGCUUUAAUGUGUUACAAGAAUGUGUUCAGCAAUACAAUUGUAAGUUAUGUUCAUGCAAGCUUCCAUGUGCAAAUGUGAAUGUAAUUUUGUCUUUUGAAUGCGAGAAAUGAACAAUGUGUAUUUAAAAAAAAUGUCUACCUGAAGUACUCUAUUAAUUAAAGUAAAUAAAAAAUGUAUUACUUUAAA